UGCUCUCGGAGGCGGAGCGAAGACUACACAACAUGGCUGGGCUGGAGCUUCUGUCCGAUCAGGGUUACCGGAUAGACGGCCGCCGCGCGGGGGAGCUGCGCAAGAUCCAGGCGCGGAUGGGCGUGUUUGCGCAGGCCGAUGGCUCGGCUUAUAUCGAGCAGGGCAACACCAAGGCACUGGCGGUGGUCUACGGGCCUCACGAGAUCCGGGGCUCCCGGUCUCGAGCCCUGCCUGACCGGGCUCUAGUAAACUGUCAGUACAGUUCAGCAACCUUCAGCACAGGUGAGCGCAAGCGAAGGCCUCAUGGAGACCGGAAGUCUUGUGAGAUGGGGCUGCAGCUACGUCAGACCUUCGAGGCAGCUAUCCUCACACAGCUGCACCCACGCUCUCAGAUUGACAUCUAUGUGCAGGUGUUGCAAGCAGACGGUGGGACCUAUGCAGCAUGUGUGAACGCAGCCACACUAGCAGUGAUGGAUGCUGGAAUACCUAUGCGGGACUUUGUAUGUGCAUGUUCAGCUGGCUUUGUGGAUGGCACAGCACUAGCGGACCUCAGCCACGUGGAAGAAGCAGCUGGAGGACCCCAGCUAGCCCUGGCCCUGCUGCCAGCCUCUGGCCAGAUUGCACUACUUGAGAUGGAUUCGAGGCUGCAUGAAGACCACUUGGAGCAGGUGCUAGAGGCUGCUGCCCAGGCAGCCCGAGACGUGCACACUCUGCUGGAUCGUGUUGUCCGGCAGCAUGUGCAGGAGGCCUCUAUCUUACUGGGGGACUGAGUGGCAACCACCCAUAUCCAGAAUAAAGGCCCUUUCCUCUCCUGAAACAUACCUUACUGUACAGCACUUCAAAGCAGCUCAGGGCCCUACAGAGUGUAGUCCCAAAGUGGAAAGAACACUUGUGCUAGGAAGAGCAAGUGCUCAUGUUGUGUCUGCCCAGAUACCAGGGUCCGAAAAGGAGUCUGAAUCUAUGCAAAACAAAGAGCCUUUAUUCACGAUUAAGCUUGGACCCUCAGAAUCUUCCAACGCAUCAGUUUUGUGCUGAGAGUCCCGAGCCUCAAUUAGGCAGGGUUUUUAUACUAGAUUGAGCAGAGAACAAGGGUCUCUAGGAUAGCAAUUGCCUUGUUUGGCAAGGGUUGAGCAGGGAGCCAGAGUCUCUAACCUGUCAGUUGCCUUAUUUGGCAAGGGGUAUCUUGGCGCACAGGGUUUGGUCAGUGAUGAGCAAUUUAUCUGUAACCUUUGGAAUUUUAGGCACUUUUCCUCUAUUUCCCUGAUUGGCCCAGGGCAGUUUCUUCCUGGAAUUGUUGGUGGUAUUUCUAUUAACCACAGUUCAAACUGGGGACAAGCAGGCUCAAGAUGGAGUCAGCUUACAAAUUUCUCCCAUCGCCUGUGUUCCUCGCUCAAGCCUUCCGACUAAGUAACGUGCCAUGCUUACAGAGCCCGUCAGGGACAUAAACACAAGGCCGAGGUAGCACUCAGCUGGCUUGGGUGCCCAUCAUUAAGAGAUGUAAGGUUAGAUUUAUGCAGUGGUUCUCAACUUGUGGGUGACAGCCCCUGUGGGGGUCUCAUAUCCGAUCAUGCAAAUAAGAUAUUUACAUUAUGACAUAACAGCAAAAUAAUUUCAUGGUUGGGGGUCACCACAACAUGAGGAACUCUAUUAAAGGUUAGACUGUUAAGAACCA